AGUCUCUCACACGUGUCAGACCUCCACAUUCAUUUUAUCAACUCUCUCGACUAGAGGCCCUAUCACCCAUCUCCCAGGGCACAAUGAAUCAAAAGACAAACCAAACCAAAACAAAUCAAUCAUCAGUUCUCUGCUCUCCACUGCUUAGCAACUGAACUACUGUUGUUGUCAAGUGAUGGAAACCCUAGCCAGUUCUUUUUCAAAGAUCAUCCUUCACAAAAAUGGAGACAGACCCUUUUUCUCAUCCAGAGAAUUGAGACAUGAAAUUAGUAUUUUUCCAUCAAAGAAGCUUGUUCAUAAUGUUGGCUUCUUGCACUGCCUAUGUGUGAAACAUAAGCCUAUCUGUACAAUUCGUGUUUCUUCUUCUCCCUCACCUGAGUCCCAGGUAGACUUGGAGACCAGAGAUGAUCAAAACCAUGAAACAAAUGAAUCAAAGACAGUUCGUGUCAAAUUCCAGCUACAGAAAGAGUGUUCCUUUGGUGAGCAAUUUACCAUAGUGGGGGAUGAUCCUCUGUUGGGAUUAUGGGAUCCUGGAAGUGUAAUACCACUGAACUGGUCAGAUGAGCAUCUUUGGACUGUUGAACUGGAUUUACCGGUUGGAAAAUCCUUCCAGUUCAAGUUCAUACUGAAAGGUAUUGGUGGGGGAAUUUGCUGGCAACCGGGUCCUGAUCGGGUUCUCCAAACUCGGGAAACUGAUAAUACAAUCGUAGUUUGGGAAGAUUGGGAAGAUGCUGCAUUGCAGAAGGUAACAGAGGAAGAACCAUCUGCUAAUGGGACUGAGGAACCUUCUGUCAACCCAGAAAUGCUGAUUGUUACUGAGAACUUGACUCAUCAAAAGGAAGAAUUGGUUUCUGAUGCAAGCAAUGGAGGAGUUACUAUGAAUGUGAGUUCUAACCCGGCAAAGAAGCCAACUCCAGUGACUUAUGAGAAACGAAUUGUUGCUGAUAACAUUUCUCCUAUGCAAGAGAAGCCUGUAGCAAUUGUAGCAGAUAACAUACGUUACUCAGAGGGGGCUUCUGCUGUGAAUGAAGUGUUAGUUGAAAAGAGAACUAAGUCAAACAAGAGUACGGUGAUCAGAGAGGAUGUUGUCAGAAAUGAUGAUGCUCCAACAGCCAUAAACUCAUCAAAGUCUGACGUCGGAGGAAGUGUGGUUACUCACGAAGGAGAUCCUGUUCUGGUACCUGACUUGUCUGCAGUAUCAGUUCUACCAAAUGAAGCAGCUAAUGACAAUGAAGGUGAGAGAAGUCGGGCCUUUCAUGCCUCUGUUGGAGUUGAUGAAGUUGAGAAUCACAAUUUCCUACAGUUUGAUGAGAAGCAUGAAAUUGGUGACAAAUCACUUCGGGAAGAAACAGUUAAUGGUUUCAUUGACGGGGAGCAGCACGGUAACGAAGUCAGACAUAAGCUACAGGCGGAAGAAGAAAAGCGUGAUACUGAUGAUGACAAUCCACAUCGAGGAGAAACAGUCAAUGGGCUCAGUGAUGAGAAGCAGCAUGGCUAUGAACUCGUAUACAAGCCACUGGCCCAAGAAGAAAAGAAGCAAGAGCUAGUUAGAAAUAGUAUUGUUCAAAAUGACCUGCACUGGAUACGGAAGCUGCUAACCAAUUUAGGAUUUCUUUAGCUUCAAGAAAAUUUAUUCCGUGCCUGAUUCCGUGCUACUACUUGGUUGUCAACAAUUUUUAAGGGCCUGGCAAAUAGGAGGCAGCGAGACAAUUGCAGGUGUUAGUGUAGAAAUUUGUGACUGAGCCAUGAUGUUGUUGUAAAUUUUUCUACUAGAUUGCAUGAAAGAUGCUGUUAUUGUCGCCUGGAUAUUGAAAAGUAUUUAUAUGUUGAGUGUUUAAUGAUGUUAACUUCCCAAAGUUGUUUCAUAAAAUGAAAUAAUAGUAAUAACCAGCUGCUUGUA